AUGAUGCUCCGAGGAACCACUUCCAACGUCCCCAAGGUCCCACUCUUUGGUGUACCCAAGAGACGCAAGCAGAGGCAGCAACAAGAGCAAGAGCAAAAGGACAAAGAGGAGAAGCUCCGCCUACAAGCUCUCGAGGAAGCUGAAUUCGCAACCAAGGCCGAAACCUCAGACUUCCUCCUCUACUACCUUGAGCGAUCCCCCUUCAAGGACCAAUCCGAUCAGAUCUCCAUUGCCUGGGAGAACCUACCCAGCUUAGGCGAGCUCGAGUCUUUUGCCAGGCUCGACAAGACUGCUGGCACACAAGCCUGCCGUCGUUUAUUCAAGGCCGUCGUCAUCUGGGACGACCUUGGUCUUGAUCUCUGGGAGACCCUUAACAGUACCUUCCACCCUGAAAGUGACGACGAGGACAGCGAUGAUGAUCUCCUUGACGAAAUUUCAGAAGAGCCCGUUGGCUGGGAUCACGCAAGCCCUCGAAGAUCCCGAUCUCGCGCCAGUUCCAGGGCUUCUUCCUCUGAGACACAUAACUCUGAACGCUCUCGCCAAGUCUCCUCAGAGCGACAAAAUCAGCGUGAGCAUAGCCGCGAUUCGCGCAAGACAGCUUCCGCACGAGACCAGAGUGUCAACGGAAGAUUACCACCCCGGAGGCCUAUGGGUCUUCAGGGCGGUAUGAUCAGCGAGUACUACGACAGCCCCUCGCGGUAUCGUGUUCCCAAGAUUGUGCGCGUCCUAUAA